CAAUCACCAUGCUCAACACCGUCAAGGGCCUCCCCGCCGCUCCCACCGCCUACGACGGCUCCGGCCUCCGCAUCGCCAUCGUGCACGCCCGCUGGAACGACACCAUCAUCCACGCCCUCCUCGCCGGCGCUCGCGCGACCCUCAGGCAGCAGGGCGUCCGGGACGAGAACAUUGUCGUCAAGACCGUCGCCGGCAGCUACGAGCUCCCGCUGGCGUGCAAAAAGCUCAUCGAGGCCGGCAAGACCCAGUCCGCCAACGCCGCCCCCUCCAUGCUCGCCUCCAGCACCAACCUGCUCUCCCUCAUUGACGGCGCCUCCCAGCCCCAGGCCGCUGGCCAGCCCCAGACGGCGCCCCCGGCCGCAUCCACCGCCCCCUUUGACGCCGUCAUCGCCAUCGGCUGCCUCAUCAAGGGCUCCACCAUGCACUUUGAGUACAUCUGCGAGGCCGUGUCGCAGGGGUUGAUGAACGUCCAGCUCCAGACCGGCACGCCCGUCGUCUUUGGUGUCUUGACAGUCUUGAACGACGAGCAGGCCCUGCUCAGGGCCGGCAUCGGGAGCGGAGAAGACAAGGGACACAACCAUGGCGAGGACUGGGGUCUUGCCGCUGUCGAGCUUGCCGCUCAGUACAAGGAGUGGGAAAAGGGAUUUCUCUAGAACGUAGCGUGCUCAGUCGGGUAGGCGAGUUAGGUAGGCGAUUAGUAGGUAGGCCACUAGUAUGUAGGGAUUAGUAGGUAGGCGAUUAGUAGAUAGGCGAGUAGUAUGGAGAAUAAAGUGAAGAUGCAUCGACGUAGUAUGAUCAACCAUCUCUGCUCUGCCAUGUCCAGAGA